AGACAGUGCCAUGGGUGAAGCUUUGUUGCUACUACUCGCCUUAUCAUGGCUGUUUACAAGCACAUCUUCGAUAAUGGACCCCUGUGAGAGAUGGAAAACCUGCAGUGACUGCAUCACAGAUCCCACAGUUUGUGUCUGGUGUGCAUCGAAAAAUUUCAAUGAUAACAGAUGCAAGUCUGUCAAAUCAUAUGAACCGAAGUGGUGCCCAGAACCUGUACAGAAUCCUGUGAAUAACGUUACAGUAUUCUACGAUUUAGAUUUUAAUUCUACUCUAGGCAAUGUCAUUCAGGUCAAACCACAGAAAUUUGAAAUGCGUUUACGCCCAGGUAUACCGGCGGAGUUCAACAUAUUCUUCAAAACAGCUGUCGAUUAUCCCGUGGACUUAUAUUUUAUAUUAGACGCAUCUUUAACUAUGGAAACCAUGAGAUCCAUGAUAGUGAGGCAAAGUGAUAUCAUUUACUAUACUAUGCGAAAUUUAACGAAAAAUAUUCAUCUUGGAAUCGGUACAUUUAUUGAUAAAAAUACUGUACCGUACACAAACAAGAUAGACAGCAACAGAACGUAUUCGUUUAAACAUCGACUAAACCUCACAGAUAACUUUGACGAAUUUAAUAAAACUGUGAGUGAAUUUCAAUUUGGUUACAAUUAUGAUGAACCUGAAGGAGGUUUCGAUGCUCUUGCACAGGCCAUCAGUUGUAAAGAGCGAAUUGGUUGGAAUAAAGAAUCACGUAAGAUCAUUGUGGUCCUCAGUGACGCUGGUUCAUUUCACUCAGCCGGCGAUGGACUGAUAGCAGGCAUAUUUAAACCAUAUGACGGUGGGUGUUACUUAAAUGACGAUGGUAUGUACACAAAAGAACUGGAAAUGGACUAUCCAUCUGUAAGCAUUAUAAACAAAAUGGCUGCAACCGAGGAGAUUCUAAUCAUUUUUGUAGUAAAAACUCAAGCAGAAUACUAUUAUAGUCGAGUAUGUGAAGUCAUCAGCGGAUCUAAAUACAUAAGCUAUAAUAGUGACGAUACCAAAACUACAUCUCUCUUAGAAAAAAUAUAUGAUGAAAUAACUAAACCAGUAAAGUUGAAAGUUCAUUUCAAACCAGGAGAACGAGAAAAUUUUCACAUAAGUUUUGAUCCUGAUUGUGUUAAUGCUAAUACAGACUGCAAAGUCAAGAAUGGUCAGGAGAAGCAUUUCAAGGGCACAAUCAAAGUUUUAAAUUAUUUUGAUGAAGACAAAACCAGUAUAAACAUAACAUUCGAGGGCAUCAAAGAAAAAAUUACUCUAGAUAUUAAAAUCAUAAAAGAAUGUGAAUGCACAAGCAAGGGUAUUCCAAAAGCAGUUGAGUGUAGCGAAGCUGGAACUUUUGAAUGUGGUAUUUGUCAAUGCAAUCCAAAAAGUUAUGGCGAGAAAUGUGCCUGUUCUACAAAUGAAUAUUCCAAGAUCAACGAUAACUCCACCUGCAUCGCCCCAGGUGAUACAGAAUUAUGCGGUGGCCGUGGUUCUUGCAUUUGUGGAAAAUGUAUUUGCAAAAAAGAUUCUCCGUAUGAAGGUGCAUUCUGCCAAUAUAAUAAAGGUAAAUGCCCUCGAGAAAACAAACUGGUUUGCAACGGACACGGUCGAUGCGAAGAUGAAAAGUGCAUAUGUACCGAUGAUAACUGGACUGGGAGGGCAUGUGAGUGUCCAAGGGUCACAGAAAGUUGCAUGGGAAAUAAUGGAAAGGUCUGCAGUGGACUAGGAGAGUGUAUAUGUGGAAAAUGUGUAUGCAAUCGCACUGCGUUUUGGGACGCGAGGGAGAAUCAAGAUCGUUUGUGUCACAUCUUGCCUUGCCCAGACUGCCAUCGGCCUCAAUGCAUCAUUCUGGAACAAUGCGCCCUCUGCAUUCACAAUGGUGAACCAGAAUGUCCGAAUUGCGCUUACUUCAAGGCUAACGUCACUCAAUCUCCACUUGACCCUACGUGGAAUAUAUGCCCUGAUAUACGAGUCGAUGUUGGGUGCUAUACUCGUUUCAUGUACCGCUACAACGACGACGAUUAUGUACUACAUAUGUUGGUGCAAGCCGAAAGAAAUUGUUUGGAAAGCUACUACUUAUACGGCGGUAUAUGUCUAGCUUCGCUCAUCCUGAUAGGGGUGGCAACGUUGGUUGCAUGGAAAUGGCUGACGGAUGCUCAGGACAGGCGCGAGUACGAACGAUUCCUGAAGGAGAAUGAGGAGGACUUGUCGGAGCCUUGCGACAACCCAACCUUCAUCCCAGCCUCUACGACCACGACGAAUCCCGCUUUUAGGAAACUAUCGGUCGACCACACGAUCAAAUAAUUUAUUUGAAUAAUAAAUAAGUUAAUAUAAAUAAAUAAAUAUUUCCAACCAAUUAACCGAGCCUCUUCUAAGUAUGCGCUGUAAGGCUUUAUGUUGGGACGCUAGGGUAACGGUAGAAUACAUAUGUUACAUAUUUAAGUAUAUUUUA